AUGUUGUUCUACAUCUCCCUGGUGGCCUUUCUGUCCUUGCUGGUCAUGCUGACAUAUCGUUACCGCACUUACUUAACCCCAUAUCUUCCUGACCGUGUCAGGUCCAUGUUCCCCAAACUCAGCAAUUAUACACCUCUGUCAACCUUCUCUGAACAGGUUGGACUAGGAAUGACGUCUUCCGACUUCGAUAUUGAGGCCAAUAUUCGAGAUGGCGAUAGUCGCAUGGGUUUGGAUGAGCGGGGUACACAGGAAGUGCUGGAAAUCAUGAGGCGGGAGCGUGUUAACUUCGACCAAGCUAGACUUAUUCGACAUAAUCGUAUAUUGGCGAGUAAUGGCAUCGACCCUUCAGGAAUGCCAAUGGACUCUAAAGCUAUUACCCGGCUUUAG